AUGGAAGAGCCGACUUAUGACCCCAGUCGCCCAAUGCCGGCAAUCAAUAUUGCCUACCAAUACAAACUAGCCAAUUGCCCCGGGAAAAGUAUCGUCGGACUCCAUGUCGAAUUCCCACCCAAUGGCUCAACACCCCCGCACCGACACGGAGGGUCUUCGGUUUCCGCCUACGUGAUUAGCGGCGCGCUGUUGAACAAGAUGAAUGACUCUCCUAUGAAGGUGAUCGAGACGGGCGGAACCUGGUACGAGGCACCAGGAUGUCACCAUAGAAUUAGUGACAAUGCGAGCAUGACUGAGCCUGCGGUUUUGUUUGCUAAUUUGGUACUGGAUACGGAUGUGCUUGAGAGGGAUGGAAUGAAUGCGUUGAUUCAGAUUGAUGAGGAGUACCGUCAAUAA